AUGAUUGUCAACCAGAAAUGGGAUUCCACUAAUGAUGAAACUAACAAGUUGAAUUAUCUGUUUGAAAGUAGUUCUUUGUUGCCGUCAGAUCUGAUCAAUUAUCCUAACCAAAUCGGUGGUCAUGGGCUUCUGUUUGGAAAUAAAUGUAAAAUCUUAUAUUCACAUGUUCAGUCAACUAUUUAUAAACCAAUACAACAUUAUCCUAAAGGUCCACAUGAAUUAGAAUUUUAUCAACGUUUAUUCGAUCCAAAUUGUAAUGAUCCCGUUUUAGUUGAGUUACGAAAAUUUGUACCUGAUUUUUAUGGCCUCUAUCGAGAUUCUGAACAAAAACAUUUGUACUUGGGCUUAAAAGAUCUAUUGGCUAAUUUUAAACAUCCAUCAUUAUGCGAUUUAAAAAUGGGUCGUCGUACAUAUGCUCCUGAUUCUUCACCAUCAAAAAUAAUGAUUGAAUGUGCAAAAUAUAAAUGGCGUGAAGAAAUCGGAUUUCUAGUAACUGGAUUAAAAGUAUUCUAUCCAGAUAUUAAUGAAUAUACUACAUUUGAUAUUUUCUUUGGAAGAUCAUUAAAUCCAUCUACAAUAUAUGAUAAUGGUAUUCGUUUAUUUCUUGGUCCAGAUGUAAAUCGUGCAAAAAGAUUAGCUAAUCAAUUUGUUAAAAAAUUAACACAAUUAGCUAAAUGGUUUGAAAAUCAAAAUUGUUAUCAUUUCUAUGCAAGUUCUUUAUUAUUAGCUUAUGAUAGUGUUGAUGUUAAUGAUGAGAUUGUAUUAUCUUCGAAUACAACCACCACUCAGUUACCUUAUUCAUAUUCUCAUCAUCAUCAUCAUAAUUGUCAUGACAACAAUAAAGAAUUAAUUAUAUCCAAUAUUAUAGAUAAUCAUAAAAUAGAUGAAUAUGUUUUAGUAUAUUUAAUUGAUUUUACACGUUGGGAAUUAGUAACUAAUUGUAGUCAUCAAAUAAAAGAUGAAAAUUUUCUAUAUGGUUUAUAUUAUUUAAUUGAAUUAUUUCAACGUGCAUCAUUAGAUUCAUCACCAUUAAUUAAAGUACCAUGUAUAUCAAUGAAUUAACCAUUUAUCAAUUAAUAGUAUCCAUAAGAAACAAACAAACAAACAAACAAAACAAAAUAAAAUAAAAGAUGUACAGUGUUCACAGUUUUUCUAUGCUCUGAAAUCUUUUGACUGCUCACUUUUCUCCUCUCCCACCCUUGACACACACUUAUUUAUUUAUUUAUUUUUUAACUGCCAAAAAUGUUAGUCUUUCAUUGGAUUUAUUAUUAUUAUUAUUAUUACUAUUACAAUUGUCAGUAAGUGGGUUUGUUUCCCUUUUCUUUUUUUUUUUUUUUGUUUUCUACUUAUGGAUGAACAUAUUCUUCUUGAAUGUAAAUCUUAUUUGUUUAUUUUAUUUAUUUAUAUGGUUUGUAUGAUAUUUUGUAUUAUUCACAGUUUAUUAUUAUUAUUAUUACCAUAUUAAUAGAAUGAGUAUUAUCCAUCUCAAGGUAUAUUUUAAUUGCUAAUCUUAUUUUGUUACAUUUUCUGUUAGAAAUAAAGAGAUGUUAAUUUAUUUUGUUGAUAUAGGGAGAACAAAAUUUGAUAUACAUAUAUAUUCUCUCAAUAUAACAUGGAUUUGAUAUACUUAUUAUUACUAA